CCCGCGCACACCCACGCACGCCUGUGCACACCCACGCAUGCCCACACACACCCACGCACGCCCACGCACACCCGCGCACGCCCCCCCACCGCUUCGAGGGCGCCGGGGGGCUGCGCCCGGCCGCCUGCCGCCACUGCCGCAGCCUGAUCCUGGGCAUCUACAAGCAGGGGCUCAAGUGCCGGGCCUGCGGCGUGAGGUGCCACGAGCGCUGCCACGAGCGGCUCGAGGUCGAGUGCCGGCGCCGGGCCCAGAGCGUCGCCGCCGAGGCCCCCCCGCGCCCCCCCCGCCGCGCCUUCAGCCUCUCCCUGCCCCGGCCGCGGCGGCUCUCGCUGCGCCCCCCAGAGCCCCCCGAGGACCUGCAGCAGCUGGAGGACGGCGUCUUCGACAUCCACCUCUAGGGUCUCUCGGUCUCCGGCUCUUCGUGACCCCGCUGGACCUGGGGGCCCCGGACGCCUGGGCCCCCUAUGCGGGGGGGGGGGAGGGGGGGGCUGCUUGUCCUCCUGCAUGGGAGGGGGGGCCGGACGCCUGGGCCCCCCGGGGGGGGGCUGGGCUCUCCGCGGGGCACCCAUGGGUCUGUGGGGCAGUGGGGGGGGUCUCCGUGGGGGUCUUUAUGGGGCACCUGUGGGUCCCCAUGGGGCUGUGGGGGUCUCCUGGAGGUCUGCGUGGGGCCGUGGGGGUCUCCGUGGGGUCUCUAUGGGGUCUGCGUGGGGCCGUGGGGGUCUCCGUGGGGUCCCUAUGGGGUCUCGUGGGGUCCCUAUGGGACCCCCGGGACUCGGCGGCCGAGCGAGCCCCCGCGGCCCGUCCGGGCCCCGCGCUCCACCAAGGCUCCUGCGCCCGCCGAGGCGUGAAGGACCGCCAAGGCCCCGCGGCCGACCGAGCCUCCGAGGUGCGCCGAGGCGCAAAGGCGCGCCAAGACACGGAGGUCCGCCAAAGCUCCGUGAGCAGCCGGACCCCCGCGCGCUGCCCGGACACUAAAGCGCACCAAGACUUGGAGGUCCACCAAGACUCCGUGACCAACCGAGCCUUUGUGGCCCAUCUAGAAGCCAAGAUUCACCAAGAUAUGGAGGCCCCUCCAGGCUCCGUGGCCAACAAAGCUUCUGUAGCCCGUCUAGAUGCCAAGGUGCACCAAGACUCCGUGACCAACCGAGCCCCCGAGGUGCACCAAGGCGCCAAGAUAGACCAAGCUAUGGAGGUCCACCAAGCCUCUGUGACCAACCGAGCCCCCGAGGUGCACCAGGGCACCGAGAUGGACCAAGCUACGGAGGUCCACCAAGCCUCUGUGACCAACCGAGCCCCCGAGGUGCACCAGGGCACCGAGAUGGACCAAGCUACGGAGGUCCACCAAGCCUCUGUGACCAACCGAGCCCCCGAGGUGCACCAAGGCGCCGAGAUAGACCAAGCUAUGGAGGUCCACCAAGCCUCCGUGACCAACCGAGCCCCCAAGGUGCACCAAGGCGCCAAGAUAGACCAAGCUAUGGAGGUCCACCAAGCCUCUGUGACCAACCGAGCCCCCGAGGUGCACCAAGGCGCCGAGAUAGACCAAGCUAUGGAGGUCCACCAAGCCUCUGUGACCAACCGAGCCCCUGAGGUGCACCAGGGCACCGAGAUGGACCAAGCUACGGAGGUCCACCAAGCCUCUGUGACCAACCGAGCCCCCGAGGUGCACCAAGGCGCAAAGAUGGACCAAGCUAUGGAGGUCCACCAAGCCUCUGUGACCAACCAGGCCCCCGAGGUGCACCAAGGCGCAAAGAUGGACCAAGCUAUGGAGGUCCACCAAGCCUCCGUGACCAACCGAGCCCCCAAGGUGCACCAGGGCACUGAGAUAGACCAAGCUAUGGAGGUCCACCAAGCCCCCGUGACCAACCGAGCCCCCAAGGUGCACCAAGGUGCCAAGAUGGACCAAGCUAUGGAGGUCCACCAAGCCUCCGUGACCAACCGAGCCCCCAAGGUGCACCAGGGCACUGAGAUAGACCAAGCUAUGGAGGUCCACCAAGCCUCUGUGACCAACCGAGCCCCCAAGGUGCACCAAGGCACUGAGAUAGACCAAGCUAUGGAGGUCCACCAAGCCCCCGUGACCAACCGAGCCCCCAAGGUGCACCAAGGUGCCAAGAUGGACCAAGCUAUGGAGGUCCACCAAGCCUCCGUGACCAACCGAGCCCCCAAGGUGCACCAGGGCACCGAGAUAGACCAAGCUAUGGAGGUCCACCAAGCCUCUGUGACCAACCGAGCCCCCAAGGUGCAACAAGGUGCCAAGAUAGACCAAGCUAUGGAGGUCCACCAAGCCUCUGUGACCAACCGGGCCCCCAAGGUGCACCAGGGCACCGAGAUGGACCAAGCUAUGGAGGUCCACCAAGCCCCCGUGACCAACCGAGCCCCCAAGGUGCACCAGGGCACCGAGAUGGACCAAGCUACGGAGACGCAGCAGGGCCCCGUGGGCGUGCGGGCCCGCGGGGCGGCCCGGGGCGCGGCGGGACGCUCGGGCCGGGGCCCGCCGGAGCGUCGGGGGCCGGCCGGGGGCGGCUGGGCGCCGCGGCUGGGGCUGGCGCUGCUGGCGCUGGGGACGCUGCUGGCGCCGGGGGCGGGCGGCUCGGCGCUGGAGUUCGCCGGGGCGCCGGGGCAGUGGGCGCGCUACGGGCGCUGGGCGCCGGGCGCCGGCGGGCGCCUGAGCUUCAGCCUCAAGACGAACGUGACGCGGGCGCUGCUGCUCUACCAGGACGACGGCGGCGACUGCGACUUCCUGGAGCUGCUGGUGGCCGAGGGGCGGCUGCGGCUGCGCUUCGGCAUCGCCUGCGCCGAGCCGGCCACGCUGCAGCCGGCCACGGCGGUGAGCGACGGGCGCUGGCACGCGGUGCAGGUGACGCGGGAGGCGCGGCGGGCGGCGCUGGCCGUGGACGGGGAGGCGCGGGCGGGCGCCGUGCGCUCCCGCCGCCCGCACAUGGCCGUGGCCUCGGACCUCUUCGUGGGCGGCAUCCCGCCGGACGUGCGCCUCUCGGCGCUCACGCUCAGCACCGUCAAGUACGAGGCGCCGUUCCGCGGCUGGCUCGCCGACCUGCGGCUGGGCGACGCGCCGGCCGCGCUGCUGGGCGCCCGCGGCGUGCGCCCCGGCACCGACGCCGGCACCGGCGCCGACGGCACCGACGGCGCCGCCGACGCCUGCGCCCGCCGCCCGCCCUGCGCCCACGGCGGCCGCUGCGCCCCGCGCCACGGCCGGCCCCACUGCGACUGCGCCGGCACCGGCUACCGCGGGCCCUUCUGCGAGCAAGAGGAGCUCCCCGUGGAAGGUCCUGCUCACCUGACGCUAAGCAGCCAAGGUACGAGCGCAGGGCGGACGGAGUACGUGGCCACCUUCAAGGGCAGCGAGUUCUUCUGCUACGACCUGUCGCACCAGCCGAUCCAGAGCAGCGCGGACGAGCUGACGCUGUCGUUCCGCACGCUGCAGCGCAACGGGCUGCUGCUGCACACGGGCAAGUCGGCCGACUACGUGAACCUGUCGCUCAAGAGCGGCGCCGUCUGGCUCGUCAUCAACCUCGGCUCCGGCGCCUUCGAGGCCCUCGUGGAGCCCGUCAACGGCAGGUUCAACGACGACGACUGGCACGACGUCCGCGUCACCCGCAGCCUGCGCCAGGUGACCAUCUCGGUGGACGGCAUCCUCACCACCACGGGCUACACGCAGGAGGACUACACCAUGCUCGGCUCCGACGACUUCUUCUACGUGGGCGGCAGCCCCAGCGCCGCCGACCUGCCCGGCUCCCCCGUCAGCAACAACUAGGGCUGCCUCAAGGACGUCGUCUACAAGAACAACGACUUCAAGCUGGAGCUGUCGCGGCUGGCGCAGGAGGGCGACGCGCGCGUGCGGCUCCACGGCGCCCUGCUCUUCGGCUGCGAGCCCGUGGCCGCGCUGGAGCCCGUGAGCUUCGCGGCGCCCGACGCCUUCCUCGUGCUGCCGGCCUGGCGCGCCCGGCGCGCCGGCUCCGUCUCCUUCGACUUCCGCACCACGGAGCCCAACGGGCUGCUGCUCUUCGGGCACGGCCGGGCGCAGCCGCCCGCCCGCGCCGCCUACUUCGCCCUGGAGCUGCUCGACGGGCAACUCUACCUGCUGCUCGACAUGGGCGCGGGCGGCAUCAAGGUGCGCGCCAGCGCCCGCAAGGUCACCGACGGCGAGUGGUGCCACGUGGACUUCCAGCGCGACGGGCACAAAGGCUCGGUGUCGGUGAACAGCCGCAGCACGCCCUUCGUGGCGGGCGGCGAGAGCGAGAUCCUGGACGUGGCCGCCGAGCUCUUCGUCGGGGGGCUGCCGGCCGGGCGCCCGCCGCCGCCGCCGCCGCUCUGGACCGCGGCGCUGCGCUACGGCUUCGUGGGCUGCCUGCGCGACCUCUUCGUGGACGGGCGCAGCCGGGACGUGCGGGCGCUGGCGGCCGCCCAGGCGGCGCCCGGCGUCGCUCCCGCCUGCGCCCGGCGCCCGCCGCGGCUCUGCGCCGCCGGCCCCUGCCGCCACGGGGGCCUCUGCCGCGAGGGCUGGAACCGCUUCGUCUGCGACUGCCUGGCCCACGGGCUACCUGGGCCCCCGCUGCGAGACCG